CGCCAAAUCAGUCGCCUCCUUUUCAAUGCUAAAGCCUUACAGAUUAAAGAAGGAAGAAGAAAAAGGAAACCACAUUGCAAUUUCAUCCCUGCCCCGCCCCUCUCUGUGCAAAAAAACAGAGCACUCUGUUUCUGCUUCUGCCCCAUCCCUCUCUGACUCCGUCUCCUUCUCCUAUAAUUAAUUUCUCGUCUCUGCUUGGUAUCAGCAGCAAGUAGUACGCCCGACGCCCUCUCUCUUACUCCUUCCAUUUCCCCCAACUGUUAUCUUUAACUCCUCUUCUCGUCAUAUCCUCCGUUUACUACAGAUCUCGCUACUUGUGUUGUAAAGCCGACGGUGGAUUGAGAUACGAUGCCAUUUCCGACGGCGACGGCCGUUCUGUUCGCGCUGAGUUGCCUGUCCAUAUGCUUUGAGUUGCGUUCUCUUGCUCAAGUUUCCUCACCCCUCCUUCCACAAGAAGAAGUUGAAGCACUUGGGAAGCUGCAGAACACCGGAUGGAAUGUGAGGAGGAAUUCUUGUGGCAGCCCACAGUGGAACCGCAGCCUCAGCGACGACAUCGAAUGCAAUGUUACAUGCGACUGUUCUUUUGCUAGAGGGACCAUUUGUCACGUCACCAACGUGGCGGUGAAAGGCUUUAAUGUAACCGGAGUUCUACCACCUGAACUUGGGAACCUUACUCGUCUUACUGAGCUAGACUUUACUCGCAAUUACAUCAAUGGAACCAUCCCUCCAAGUCUUGCACAGCUUCGCAACUUAACGAUUCUGUCUCUUUUGGGGAACCGAAUAAGUGGCCCUAUCCCCUCACAAAUUGGGAAUAUUGCUACUUUGGAGCAUCUGGUGUUGGAAGAUAAUCUAUUAGGUGGACCACUUCCUAGAAGCCUUGGGAAUUUGAAAAAUUUGAAGCGACUCCUUCUUUCUGCAAACAAUUUCACGGGCUCAUUACCAGAUAGCUUGGGAAAUUUACUGAACAUAGAAGACUUUAGGAUAGAUGGGAGCAGUCUUUCUGGAAAGCUGCCAGAAUUUAUAGGCAACUGGUCCAAUCUUGAUCGACUUGACUUGCAAGGCACGUCAAUGCAGGGUCCUAUUCCUACUGCUGUAUCCAUGCUGACAAAUCUGACACAGCUGAGAAUAUCUGAUUUAAGUGGACCAAGUUCAGUUUUCCCUGAUAUUAAGAACCUGUCAAAGCUGAAAGAACUGGUAAUGAGGAACUGCUUGAUCACUGGUCCAAUCCCAGAUAACUUUGGAGAAAUAACAAAGUUGAAAACUUUGGAUUUGAGCUUCAACAGUUUGACAGGCACCAUACCAGCCACCCUCCAAAGUCCGAAAAGUCUGGAAUACAUGUUUCUGAAUAACAAUUCAUUGUCGGGAGAAGUACCUGGUUGGGUAUUGAACAGUAAGGAUAGCUUUGACUUGUCUUACAACAAUUUUACGGGGAGAGCUCAGCCUAGUUGUCAGCAACUAGACGUGAACUUGGUUUCCAGUUAUUCAUCUUCUGUGAGCAACUCGGUCCCUUGGUGCUUAAGAAAGGACCUGCCUUGUCCUAGGAAUCCCAAGGAACAUACCUUCUUUAUCAACUGUGGGGGUCCCAGGGAAAGGUUUGAGGAUGAGGAUUAUGAGGAAGACCUGACAUCCAAUGGCCGAUCUAACUUUUUCUCAGUAUCAGAAAGAUGGGGUUAUAGUAGUACUGGAAUCUUCUUAGGCAAAGUUGAUGCUGAUUAUUUAGCAAGGAACACUUUUGGCCACAAUGUGACUGGUGUUUAUUCAACUGCACGCUUAGCUCCUCAAUCACUCAAGUACUAUGGCUUGUGCAUGAUUAAAGGAAGUUACACCGUGAAGCUUCAUUUUGCUGAGAUUAUGUACUCCAAUGAUCAGACAUUUAGCAGCCUUGGAAGCCGCAUAUUUGAUAUCUCAAUUCAGGGAAAGGUAGUUCGACCGGACUUUGAUAUCAUGAAAGAAGCUGGAGGAGUUGGUCUUGACGUCACUGAGGUUUUCGACAAUGUAACUGUGGACGGUAACACUUUGGAGAUACACCUUUACUGGUCUGGAAAAGGCACUACAGCUAUUCCUGAUAGAGGUGUCUAUGGACCUCUCAUUUCUGGCAUAUCGAUAACUCCAAACUUCCCUGUCGAUGAAGGAGGUGGAGGAUUAUCUGGAGGAGCCAUAGCCGGGAUUGUAGUUUCUUCAUUUUUGGUUGUUCUCUUCAUUUGUAUUUUCAUAUUCAUGAGAAGAAGAAGAAAAGACGAUGGAAAUAGUGAACUACGCGGGCUUGAUCUUCAAACUGGCAUGUUCACCUUACGUCAGAUCAAAUAUGCCACUAAUAACUUUGAUCCUACUAAUAAGAUUGGAGAAGGAGGGUUUGGCCCAGUCUACAAGGGUAUGCUCUCAGAUGGAGGUGUGAUUGCAGUGAAGCAGCUCUCAUCCAAAUCGAAACAAGGAAACCGCGAAUUUGUGAACGAGAUUGGGAUGAUAUCUGCAUUGCAACAUCCAAAUCUUGUCAAGCUUUAUGGAUGUUGCAUAGAAGGAAACCAGCUCUUGCUUGUGUAUGAGUACUUGGAGAACAAUAGUCUGGCACGUGCAUUGUUUGGUAAGCACGAAAACAAGCUGAAGCUGGACUGGCAAACAAGGAAGAAGAUACUGCUGGGGAUUGCAAAGGGGUUGGCUUAUCUUCAUGAAGAGUCGAGGCUAAAAAUUGUGCAUAGGGAUAUAAAAGCAACCAACGUCCUGCUCGAUAAAGACCUCAAUGCCAAGAUUUCGGAUUUCGGGUUGGCCAAGCUUGAUGAAGAAGAGAACACCCACAUUAGCACAAGAAUUGCUGGAACCAUAGGCUAUAUGGCUCCUGAGUAUGCUAUGAGGGGUUACUUGACGGACAAGGCAGACGUUUACAGCUUUGGUAUUGUCAUUCUAGAGACCAUGAGUGGAACGAGCAAUACCAACUAUAGGCCAAAAGAAGAAUUUGUGUACCUUCUUGAUUGGGCUUAUGUGCUGCAAGAGCAAGGCAACCUGCUGGAGCUAGUUGAUCCAGAACUAGGCAAAAGCUACUCAAAAGAGGAAGCAAGGAAGCUGCUGAACAUUGCUCUGUUGUGCACCAACCCAUCACCCACACUAAGGCCGCCCACGUCCUCCGUCGUGAAAAUGAUGGAAGGGAAAGCUCCGGUGCAAGCUCCAAUCAUUAAGCGAGGUGAGAGCGACGCCAGCAGCGCAGACGCGAGGUUCAGAGCGUUCCAGACAUUGUCACAGGAUAGCCAUACCAACAUCACAAAUGCGUCGUGGGAGAGCAGCGAUCCAGGUCAGAAGAGCAUAUCCAUGGUUGAUGGACCGUGGACAAUGAAUUCAACAUCUUCGGCCUUGAGCAAUGAUGACCAUGAUAAUGAUGAUGAUGCUAGCCAUCUCUCUCAACCAACCUCUUCCGCCAGGCUUCUUUAGGAGGAAUGCAGAAGUUCAAGUUCAAAUUAAUUAUAAGUUUUGUCUCAACUAUACAUAUAUUUGUGGAGAAGAGUUUAAGUUACUUAUCUUUUUGGCUUAUCAAAUUUGGUGUAAGCUGCUAAUUGUAUAUGAAGAAAGUUGAUUUGGUUCAUAGGGUUCAUCUUCGAGUUUUCUGCAGAUUAUGAAGUGUAUUACUAUCCUCUCAAUGGAUAACAGUAAGAAUGGGGAAUGAUGGAUUGACAGUACCAGCGGCCAUGUUCUAGGCUACCUUAAACCUGUUGUAAGCAAACACCGUCCCAAACAGUUCUUCCCAUAUUGUUGUGUAAUUCUCUUAUGAAUCGUUCAUCUGGGAGUAAUUCUCGUACGCAUCGUUCAUCAGGUUCCCAGAGACAUCCAUCGCAUGUUGAUUGUUGUCAUAUUAGUAAUGUGCAUACCAGGUCAGCUGCUUAGCAAUAUGCCAGCAUUGUUAGCAGUUUGAAUCACGAGAACUAAAACGGAGUUAGGCAAGUGAACAAUUCGCUAAAAAGAAAAUGAAAUUUAGCGA